AUGGGAGGGGGGUGGUCGUCCAAACCAAGGCCUGGACCCCCCCUCCCCUCCCCCAGCCACCGCUCGCUGCGAGAAACAGCCGCUCCCAUCGCCCCCCACAAACGAGACGUUGAUGUAUUUUGCCAAAGAGGCCGCAGCGGCGGCGCUCGGAACUUCCCAAACAUGUGGAGCGAAAUACGCGGCGUCUCCCUCCAGGAACGGGACGACGAGGAAGUUCGCAAUUUGCUUCAUAGACGCGCCAAGACCAGGAGAGGAUCGCAGGGUUACCGGCGGCUGAGCCUCGACAUCCAGUCGGCGCUGCAGGAACGCGAGGACAUGUUGGACAAGUGGAAGUUCAUCCUAGAAAGCCUGGGUUUCGGGGCCGAGGCGGACGCGAUGCUGACGGUCACAACCAGUUCCUCGUACAGUAGCCUGCGUAACGCUCUAGAGGCCGAACGGCUCCUCGACAUCCUCGCCCAGGAGAGCAACAUCUUCGACAAAAGGGUGCCGGCGGAGCGAUACAUCUACGUCCUGGACUGCCUCAUCUCACUCGACGCCGCCCAGGACUUCGUGUCGAAAGCCAAGAGCUGUUUCCCGCCCGGGCGCGGCGCGGAGCGGGACGUGGUGGCCGUGUUGGUCAAGGCGGACGAGGUGGGGCUGGCGUCGGGCGAGGAGCUGGAGGAGGUGGACGAGGAGGCCGCGUUGUCCACCUCGCUGGAGUUGUGAUGUGGGGCCGGGACUGGAGCAACGCCGUGUCCGCCCGACCGGGAAACGUAGACUUUGUACAACGGGCCGAGUGGAUAAAUCACGCGAGAAACUCACCAACGCGGCGCCGACCGGCGAUGUAUCAUUUAUGUUGUUGAUUGUGUUAUAAAUACACACGGCAUC